GGCCGGGCACUUCCUCGCGCCUGUGGUGGGAGCACGUGCUGGGGGCGGGAGCAGCGGCCGCAGCUAUGGCGUCGUUACUUUGGGCAGGCGACGCAGGGGCGGCGGAGAGCGAGCGGCUGAACAGCCAUUUUUCAAACCUCAUCCACACCCAGAAGAACCUUCAUGAUGUUAGGAAUACUGCAGUCCCAGGCAUAGAUGAUUCUUUUAACAUCGAUGAAAAUGAAGAAGAUGAUAUAGUGGACUUGGCAGCUAAUUCACUCUUAAACAAAUUAAUCCGUCAGUCGUUGGUAGAAUCCAGUCACCGAGUUGAAGUCUUACAGAAGGAUCCUAGCUCUCCGCUCUAUUCAGUAAAGACUUUUGAAGAGCUGAGACUAAAAGAAGAAUUACUAAGAGGGAUCUAUGCAAUGGGAUUUAAUAGACCUUCCAAAAUCCAAGAGAUGGCACUCCCCAUGAUGCUUGCACAUCCACCCCAGAAUCUCAUAGCUCAGAGCCAGUCUGGAACAGGGAAAACAGCUGCCUUUGUCUUGGCAAUGCUCAGCAGAGUGAAUGCACUGGAACUAUUCCCACAGUGCCUCUGCCUGGCUCCUACUUAUGAACUGGCUCUGCAAACUGGCCGUGUGGUCGAGCAGAUGGGAAAAUUCUGCUUGGAUGUUCAAGUGAUGUAUGCCAUUCGAGGGAAUCGAAUUCCCAGAGGCACUGAGGUCACCAAACAGAUUGUCAUUGGGACUCCUGGGACUGUCUUAGAUUGGUGUUUUAAGAGAAAAUUAAUUGACUUGACUAAGAUCCGUGUGUUUGUCCUGGAUGAAGCUGACGUGAUGAUUGACACCCAAGGAUUCUCAGAUCAGAGUAUUCGUAUUCAAAGAGCUUUACCCUCCGAAUGUCAGAUGCUCCUCUUCUCAGCAACCUUUGAGGACUCGGUGUGGCAGUUUGCUGAAAGAAUCAUUCCUGAUCCUAAUGUUAUCAAGUUGCGUAAAGAGGAGCUGACCCUGAACAACAUCAGACAGUAUUACGUGUUAUGCGAGAACAGGAAAGAAAAAUACCAAGCGCUGUGCAACAUUUAUGGUGGCAUCACUAUCGGCCAGGCCAUCAUCUUCUGUCAGACUCGUCGAAAUGCCAAAUGGCUGACUGUGGAAAUGAUGCAGGAUGGCCACCAGGUGUCCUUGUUAAGCGGAGAGCUGACCGUGGAACAGCGGGCUUCUAUCAUCCAGAGGUUUCGAGAUGGGAAAGAGAAGGUUCUUAUAACAACCAACGUGUGUGCUCGAGGGAUUGAUGUGAAGCAGGUCACGAUUGUUGUGAAUUUCGAUCUCCCUGUCAACCAGUUAGAGGAGCCGGACUAUGAGACGUACCUGCACCGUAUAGGGCGCACGGGACGCUUUGGGAAGAAGGGCCUUGCCUUCAACAUGAUUGAAGUGGAUAAACUGCCGCUGCUGAUGAAGAUUCAGGAGCACUUCAACCGAAAUAUUAAGCAGCUGGACCCUGAAGACAUGGAUGAGAUUGAAAAGAUUGAAUACUGAAGAAAGAACUUUAUUGUUUGUGAAAUAUCCUAGUUUAAGUGAGAAUGUCCCAGUGGGUUUUGAAGGUAAUUUUUUUUUUUCAAUGUUUGAGGCUCUUUCAACAAAAAACUUUUUAGGAUGGCAUAGUCAUGGUGUUUGUUCAGAGACUUGAGAUCUUUCUGAAACCAGAUUGAUGUAAAGCACGUGAUCUUUUUGAAUAAAAAAAAAAGA